AUGAUCGGCCCAGCACUUGCGAUUGGUGGCUUGUGUUUAUUGGGUUUGAUCGGUUUAGCCAUAGCUGCCAUCAUUAUUCUUGCUCUUAUUCCGACAUACACACAAUCAAACGCCACACAGGGAAAUGGAGAAGAAUAUCGUAUGAAUCAGUUGGUUUUACGGGCUCUUACAGACAGUGGUAGUGCAUCUAAUAAAAGUAUCGCUGACAGCAGUGCUUUAUCAGCAGCGGUAAUUUAG